GAAUAUCUACGACAAAAGUGAAAAAUACAGUACGCUUCAAGAGUGUUGAAAUAUCGAAACAGUUUCAAAUACGUUUAAUCUGUUUUGCGGUUAGAUAUCAGCAGGCAUUUGUGAUUUUCACCCCCAGCUGUGCGACACUAAAGAAAUCCAGUGAAAUCCACGAGGAGAGCUGCACAAUGAGUGUUGAUGCUUACGACGGAACCGCGGGUUCCCAAUCGCUGACCUUCGUGGAUACGGAGGAAAACUACUUCGUCGGGGCGGACUCCCAAGGAACGGAGUACGACUUCCGCGAUUUCACUAUACCGUCACAAAGUCAAACUCAGGCAUCGCAACUUGACCAUUUGGGUAGUAGUAGUCAGGUGAAUGGUUUUGGUCGUCGUAUUGGAGUGGAUGCAACGAAACUGUCUGGCAUUACGUCGGCCAUUGGCGAGCUGCAGUUUGAGGAGGAGGAUGAUGAAAUUGAUCCCGGCGAAAAUAAGGAUCUCCCGCCGCAUGCGUGUCGCUACUGUGGCAUCAGCGAGCCGAGCACCGUCGUGAUGUGUAACAUCUGCAAGAAGUGGUUUUGUAAUGGGCGCGGAAGUACAUCCGGGUCGCAUAUCGUGAACCACUUGGUUCGAGCGAAACAUCGGGAAGUGACAUUGCACGCUGACGGGCCGCUUGGUGAGACGGUUCUGGAGUGUUAUUCGUGCGCUGUGCGGAAUGUGUUUGUGCUCGGAUUCAUCCCUGCCAAAAGCGAUUCUGUAGUAGUGCUAUUGUGCAGACAACCAUGUGCGGCACAAAAUUCCAUCAAAGAUAUGAACUGGGACCAGGAGCAGUGGAAGCCGCUGAUCGCCGAUCGUUGUUUCCUGUUUUGGUUGGUAAAGAUUCCUACAGAACAGGAUCAACUACGCGCCCGCAAGGUGUCUGCGGCUCAGAUUAAUAAACUGGAGGAGUUGUGGAAGGAAAAUGUGGAUGCCACCUUUCAGGACCUGGAAAAGCCAGGUAUCGAUAAAGAGCCACAGCAGGUACAGCUGCGUUAUGCCGAUGGCUACCAAUAUCAAAAUACGUUCGGGCCACUCGUGAAGCUGGAAGCAGAUUAUGACGAAAAGCUGAAGGAAAGUCAAACCCAGGAGAACAUCGAGAUCCGUUGGGAUACCGGGUUGAACAAGAAAACUAUCGCCUACUUCACCUUGGCGAAGAAUGACGGCGACAUGAAGCUAAUGCACGGCGAUGAGUUGAAAUUACGCUAUGUGGGAGAGUUGCAUAAACCAUGGAGCUGUGUUGGACACGUGAUUAAGGUUCCGGAUAACUACGGCGAUGACGUGGGCCUGGAGCUGAAGCACAAUCAUCAGGCUCCGAUCGAAUGUUCGAGUAAUUUUGCGGUGGAUUUCAUCUGGAAGGGGACGUCUUUCGAGCGAAUGCAGCAAGCAUUGCGAAAAUUUGCCAUGGACGCGAAAAGUGUCUCGAACUACAUCUACACACGGCUGCUAGGAAACGUGCGUCCCGAUGGCACCGAAGAGGUGCUGUUCCGCAUGAACCUUCCGAAGCACUUUAGUGCUCCGAAUUUGCCCGAUUUGAACAGGUCGCAGGUGUACGCCGUUCGUCACGCUCUGCAACGUCCACUGAGCCUGAUUCAGGGACCACCGGGAACGGGAAAAACAGUCACCUCGGCAACGAUCGUGUACCAACUUGCCCGGUUGAAUAGUGGGCCAAUUUUGGUGUGCGCUCCCAGUAAUACCGCAGUGGAUCAGUUGACGGAAAAAAUUCACCGUACCAACCUGAAGGUCGUACGGGUGUGUGCCCGUUCGAGGGAAGCGAUUGACUCACCUGUCAGCUUCCUGGCUCUGCACAACCAAAUUCGAAACAUGGCGCAAAAUUCUGAGCUCAAGAAAUUGCAACAAUUGAAGGAUGAAACGGGCGAACUGAGCUUGUCCGACGAGCGGCGCUAUCGGUCGCUGAAAAAGCAGGCCGAGAGAGAACUGCUGGAAGCGGCAGACGUUAUUUGCUGCACUUGCGUCGGAGCCGGCGAUCUUCGUUUGCAGCGCAUCAAGUUCAACUCCAUCUUGAUCGACGAAUCGAUGCAAUCGACCGAACCGGAAUGUAUGGUGCCGGUGGUAUUGGGCGCGAAGCAGCUCAUUCUGGUCGGCGACCAUUGCCAGUUGGGUCCGGUGGUUAUGUGCAAAAAGGCGGCCAAGGCGGGGCUGUCGCAGAGUUUGUUUGAGCGACUCGUAGCACUGGGUAUCCGUCCGUUCCGACUCGAGGUGCAAUACCGCAUGCAUCCGGAGUUAUCGCAAUUUCCUUCCAACUUUUUCUACGAGGGAAGCCUUCAGAACGGCGUCUGUGCCGAUGAGCGGAAACUAAAGGUUGACUUCCCGUGGCCUUCUUUGGAUUGCCCGAUGUUUUUCCUGGUUACCCAGGGCCAGGAAGAAAUAGCUGGCUCUGGAACGUCCUACCUGAAUCGUACGGAGGCGUCAAACGUAGAAAAAAUAACAACCCGCUUUCUGAAGGCUGGUAUCAAACCGGACCAGAUCGGUAUUAUUACGCCGUACGAGGGACAACGAGCCUAUCUGGUUCAAUACAUGCAGUACCAAGGUUCGCUACACUCAAAACUUUACCAAGAAAUUGAGAUUGCUAGUGUUGAUGCGUUUCAGGGACGCGAGAAAGACAUCAUCAUCAUGUCUUGUGUGCGUGCUAAUGAGCAUCAGGGUAUCGGUUUCCUGAACGAUCCGCGCCGUUUGAAUGUGGCCCUCACGCGGGCCAAGUACGGCAUUAUCAUUGUGGGCAAUCCGAAGGUGCUCGCCAAACAGGAGCUCUGGAAUCACCUGUUGAACUUCUACAAGGAUAAGAAGGUGCUUGUCGAAGGAUCUUUGAAUAAUCUUAAAGAAUCAUUGAUUCAGUUCACCAAGCCGAAGAAAAUCAUUAACACUCUCAAUCCCGGAUCGCACUUCAUGAGUAAUGCCAUGUACGAUGCCAAGGAAGUGCUCGGGUCCGGGUUUUUUGAUCGGAGCAACCAACCGUCUACUAGCUACGCUCAUAAUCCGCUGCUUGGUUAUAGUACUGGUUCCGUGGGCACUUAUCAUCACCAAGGCGGCUUUUUGGACCAUCCAGGCCACGGAAGUGCUACUACGGGUGCUACGGGUUCCGUCAACACCCCUCUCGACGCAUUUAUGCGUAAGAUGCAUGAUCCCAUUGGAUACAUAUCCCCUCAGCGCUCGCAUCAGGCAGCUGGCAACAUGCCCGUCCCGGUGGGAAUGUUCAUCAACAUGUCGAACGUUCCGCCACGUUUCUAUCAGCAGCAACAGCAGGUAGCUAUGCAGGCGGCCAAACAAACGCGUCGCCCGGUCGUUGGCAAAACCGCCGGCCAAUUACUUUCUGCCACCGGGAACCAUGUCGUUGCUAGUUCGACGAGUUCGAAAUCGAAUCGUCCGCGCCCCAUCGGACCUCCAAGUAGUAGCGCAGGCCAAGCGGUCCGGGGCGGCGGCGGUGCUGGUGGUACCGGAUCCCUUACCCAGGGCAUGUCGCAGAACAUGUCACAGCCUGGCUUCAGUCUGUCGCAACAACCGGAAUUCUCGCAGGACUACAUGGGUGAAUAUCAGUCCCAGAUGGACAACAUCCUUUCGCAGGAUUCACACUACAACAGCCAAACGGGACCGGCUGAUCGUCUGAUGUUUGAGUUGCCCUCGAACUCGCAGUUCUCGCAGCCAUACUGAUAAUCGCACCCGAGGGAGAAAUCGAUGCUGGAACGGCUAGGACGAUGCGGAUGCUAUCAUCAGAUAAAUACGAUAAAGCUGAACCACAACCGGGAAAUUAGAUUCGAUCGAGCGCAUCGAAAGCAGGCGGAAGCCAAUCCGGAGACCUCACCGGACGCAAGCGGAACGUGUGAUGAUGGUCAUCACCUUGGGUUCAGUUUUCAUCCACACGCCAGUCAAGUCUACCCCCCCACCGCACGACGCGGAUAACUGGUGGAUGGCUAAAGGAUAAAACUUACGGGCCAUGGCUUAGUUCUCUGAGUUGUUCGUGAGUCGCUCCGGUUCCCUCGCAAUGGUAAGCAAAUGAGGGCACUAUGUGGACUGCUCUUCCGAGCUUUAAUGCAUGCUGCAAUAGUACAAACCUCCCAUGGUCUUCGCUGGGGUUACAGUGACAGAAAAAUUGUGGCGCGAUAGUAUUGUGUGCUCACGAUGUAUUCGAUGCCUGAAAACUCUAAAAAACGGAAAGGAAUACUGCAAACAAUUCGGUGCCCGAAGAGAAUAUCAGUUAAUAGACUAUGUUCUUAUCUAUUUCAGAAACUUUGCAGAAAGUUGGGUGUCGUUUACUUUUCGUACUUUUUAUUAUUUUUGUAACAGUCCUUCAAACAAUAUCGACUAAUGCAUGCGAUCGUGGGAGCAUUUUUUUAAACAUUUAGUGAUCCCAAGCAUCACACGCUUUUCUUAUACAUGGAUCCCUGCUUUUUGACCACCUCUCUUCUAUCGCGGCACAAUAAAGAAAAUUCGUACAUAAUCAACAUCCCCUACACAAGGUAACAACUGCUGGCCUUUGGCGUAAACAAUAAGUUGUGACCAGCAAAAUUAUCAAUAAAUACGUCACUUGAUUGAGUUGAAUUAUCUGGUUUAGCAGUUCAAUUUAUUUAGUUCGAUCUAAUAAUAUACUUAGUAAGAGUAGGAGAAUAACACGAUUACAUCCAGGAUGCCCAGAUCGCUCAAACUUCUUUUUGUUUUUGUAAUAACCUGAGACAAUAUGCCUUCGAGGCCAAAAGAAGGGCUGAGUUUUAGGCGUUCAUAUCGAAUUGGAAAACAAAACGUGUGACGAGAUGUAAGUCUUGGUUUUUUGAUGAAUAAAAUUUAGUUUAAGCAGUAA